AUGUCUGCUCCCACCCCUCCCAGCAGGCGCGGCGGCGCUGCUCAGCAAUCCUUUCCGCCAUCUGACCAGACAGGACAGGACCUCGAUCUCUUUUCUCUGUCGCCAUUGACAGCUGUUUCGAGCCACGAUGGAUCAACUGAACAGAGCCUCAGGCUGCAGACUCUACCGUCUCCGACAGAGGAGACCACACCGACACAAGGCCAACCGAGACAGGGAGAAGAGGAACUGUCACCAACAUUGUCUCUUCAUCAUAAUCUCACCGUCGAUGUCGAUGAUGUCGGGUCUCUUUCCCACAGAGCAAAAUGGUUGCACCCGCAAGCAUUCGUUUCACCACGCCCGUCGAACAUAUCAACAGUAGAUCAAGCACUGCGUACUAUACUACCUCGUGCGCCAGAUCCAUACAAAAAGGGUGCAUUAACGAGCACGAAGGAUAUCACGCAGACAGAAUUGAAUGUUGACGAGAACGAUCAGCUGGAGAAGAUCGUCUAUGUUCCAACUUUGGUCACCUGCCUGCGAGACCGGGCCGUCGAAAAACUCCAGAAUCUGCACAUCAACUGGGACGAAGACGAUGAUAUUCUUUCUGUCACGAGUUUCCAUCCAUAUACUACCGCUAGGAAUCUGCCGAGGACAAUCUGGUCGGAGAAGGAUAUAGAACACUGGACUCACGCGGUGUUGUUUAGACCAGCUGUAGCAGCGGUGCGCGCCGUGAUGCUCCAAGAUAUCAAGCAUGACUUUGACAAAGUCCAUCCUUAUGUGUCGUCAAGCUCUGACAUUGAUGUAAUCCCGGACGGGAUGUUCGUUCUAUCGGAGGAAGAUUCAAUACCUACUAUUGGUGUGGUCAUCGAGAACAAAACGCCGUCAAUGUGGGAGGAAGGAAUGGACUACAGUAAACUGGAGUGGCCCGAAGGUAGUGAAAGAGACAUCCCUGCAGGAACCGCAAUGCGUUUUUACUGGCCAACGAAAAUAAUAGGCAACAGAGAGCAGGAUAGGGUCAUAGUCCAGGCGUGGACGCAGUUGGUAAAGGCCGAGUGUGACCUCGGAAUCAUUUCGACUCUUAAUACAACGAUUUUCCUAGCGCGUGGACGAGGAAACCACCGGAACACUCUGUAUAUUUCACCUGCCUAUCGGCGUGCAAUGUGCCCUAUCUACGCGGUGUUCUGUUGGUUUGCUAUCGCUGCGGGUAUCUUCAAGUACGAGGAUCUGAAUCUCCCUACACCGGACGCUAGCUGGUGGAAUGACUCAGUUAGGCGCGAUUUUUACAGCGAGUCCCCGGGCGUAUGUGCAGCGACAUACUACACAAGGUACCUGGAACAGAUUUGA